AAGCAACCUAGAUUCUUCGACGCCCUUGGCAGCUUCCUCGCCUCAGCUUGCGGCGUGCCAAGUCUACACGCCCCUGCUCUGCUCUGCUCUCCUCGAGCCUAUAAAAGCGCGGUCACUCUGCUCAACAAGCUCACCUAGACCUAGCAGGGGGGGGGGGGGGUCAGAGAUGGCGUCGAUGCUGAUGGGGGCCGACUUGGUGGAGGCGUACGUGCUCAAGAACGCGUACACGGAGAAGCUCCGGCGCAUGGAGGCGGCCGAGGAGGAGGAGGAGACGACCAAGCAGCGGCAGCGGGGCGCCGGGCCCGGGGAGAAGAAGAAGGCCUCGUUGUCGGGCGGCGGCAGGGGAGGGGGGCUCUUCGGGCUCGUCAAGAAGAAGGUGCACCCGAACAAGGCGGCCGCGUCGAGCGAGGCCGGUGGACCUGCCGCCGCCGCCGCUGCUUCUUGAUCCAGCCGUGCCCACGUCUGUUGCAUGCGCCACCAUUGCCGGCUUGCGCAAACGCACAGAGGGCUAGUUUUGUUGGAAGCUAGCAGUCUGGAUGCCACCAAAUGGUAGUACGGCUCGGUAGGAUUUGUAAUCUUCUUCUUCUUUGUUUGUUUGUUUCUUGACGCUCGAGCGUUUGUUGCUCGCUUGAUGCGGAUCAUCGUGUUGCAUUUGUUUGCUCGAUGUAAGUUAAUUACGUGAAAUAAUGUCAGAGAAGAAUGAAAUGGGGAUUUACUAUACUUAA